AUGUCUAACCGCCCUGAAUUCGUUGCCUACAUGUAUGAAAAAGAUUAUGAAGGAAUUCAGAAGAUGGUUCAACGUUAUCCAGACAUUGAGACUGGAGGAGAUCUCUUUGGACUUUGGCAAGAUGAUAGCACUGUCGUUAUUCAACGUUUUAUUGGACCUGGAAAGAAUUGCUCACGUACUAAAACCUCGUUCCAUCAAGAUGUUCAAUAUCUGGAAAAAGUUGGAUCGUUGAUCACUUCUAAAGAAGGUCUCUGCAAUGUCGGAGAAUGGCAUUCACAUCAUACGCUUGGCCUGCCCUAUCCCAGUGAAGGUGAUCGCCAAACAAUAAAGUCCAAUAUGCCUCAUCUUGGUGUGCAAAGAUUUGUCCUUUUUAUUGCCACCAUCGAUUUUCAUCCUGGCCUGAAGAGAACACACGACAUUCCUUUGGACAAAAUCAAAAUACGUCCUUAUCUCUUCUUAAGCUCAAAACGUAGUUACAUUGAAGGAAAAAUCAAAUUUAUGUCUGAGACAAAAGAAAAUCCUCAUUCCACUAACAAGAAUAGCCGUAUAGCACGUGAAAUUGAAGACGGAAAAGAGCCUCCAAAACAUUGCGGAGAUAAACGGGUAAAUUCUACAAAGAGAGAUGAGCCAAAUGAUGAGAAUAUUCCACCAAACUCAGGGAGUCGAGGAUAUUCUUCGUUGCAGGAAAAUAAAACAAAAAUGUCUAGCCGCCCUGAAUUCGUGGCCUACAUGUAUGAAAAAGAUUAUGAAGGAAUUCAGAAGAUGGUUCAACGUUAUCCAAACAUUGAGACUGGAGGAGAUCUCUUUGGACUUUGGCGAAGUGAUAACACUGUCGUUAUUCAACGUUUUAUUGGACCUGGAAAGAAUUGCUCACGUACUGAAACCUCGUUCCAUCAAAAUGUUCAAUAUCUGGAAAAAGUUGGAUCUUUGAUCACUUCUAAAGAAGGUCUCUGCAAUGUUGGAGAAUGGCAUUCACAUCAUCAGAUGAGAAUGCCCAAGCCAAGUGAAGGUGAUUGCAGAACAAUAAAAUCCAAUAUGCCUCAUCUUGGUGUGGAAAGAUUUGUCCUUUUUAUUGCCACCAUCGAGUUUAGUUCUGGCCUGAAGAGAGCACACGACAUUCCUUUGGACAAUAUUAAAAUACAUCCUUAUCUCUUCUUGAGCUCAAAACGUAGUUACAUUGAAGGAAAAAUCAAAUUUAUGUCUGAGACAAAAGAAAAUCCUCAUUCCACUAACAAGAAUAGCCGUAUAGCACGUGAAAUUGAAGACGGAAAAGAGCCUCCAAAACAUUGCGGAGAUAAACGGGUAAAUUCUACAAAGAGAGAUGAGCCAAAUGAUGAGAAUAUUCCACCAAACUCAGAGUCGAGGAUAUUCUUCGUUGCAGGAAAAUAA